UCCUGAGUGUUACAGCCGCUGACCGACCCUAACUCCCGAAAUGCGCCGUUAAACGAGAGCGAUGACCAUUUCAACAGCCCUAAUUGGAGAAGUUGACAGCGCUUUCUACAACAAAUGCAUGCCCCUCCACACUGAGCAUGCUCCAUCUGCCGCGAGAGAGGAGCUGGCUCUGCCGUGAGUAACAGGCAAUUUGGGCGUUCCCCCCAUUCUCCUUCUUCUGAGAGAGGCUUUGUGUGAACCUGUCUUAUUUGUGAGUUAUCAAAAAAAAUCUCUGCGGAUCUGUGGAUGUUUUUUUCUCUCGCAUGGUGUUGAUGGCAGAAAGGGAAAGUGUGUGAGCAGCAGGAGGAAGAGGAGGAGAAGGAGAAAGAGAAGGAGGAGGAGGAUCACCAGUGAGCUGAGACAAAGACCUGCCGUGUUGUCAGUCAGUCUGUGCGUCGGUGUGAAGGAGGUGAGUCUGUGGGCAGCAACAGAGGAGGGACUCGAGCCUCCAUCAGUCGGACAGGCGCUGUCCGCUCAGCACCACCGCAGUCACCUUGCUGAUAAAGUCAACAAAGCUCUGAUCAGAGAGCACAGCCCCGGGAGUCUGGACAGCUGGAUUUAACCCACUGCUGGGGGGAAAUCAUCAGCGUUUUGUCCCUAUCUAUCUCGACAUCUUGGGCACAAGGAUGAUGUGACGUCCAUCCCCAAUGUGAUGCCAUUGGCUGCGAGCAUUUUGGAUUUCGAUUCUCACAGCUCCUCCAGUGGCUCGAGCAGCUCCAACUAUUGGUGAUCCUCCAGUUGCACGACAGGUGCGUGCAGAAAAACACACGGCUGGGAGAGGAUGUAGAAGAGACCCUGAUCUGUGGCACACUGUGGUGAGAAGGUACGGGUCGCUCGUUGCGCUGCUUUUCCAUUUUCUUUUUUUUUUUUUUCUACCUGUUUCCCUGAGACUCAUCACUGCUGUACAUGUUGCUUGCACAGCGUGUCCAAAGCUUUGAGAUGAAGGAAACUGAUAGGAGAAAUGCCUAAGGGACGCGAUGGGCCUGAGCGACGACACGGAUCGCAUUGUGAUAAACGUGGGUGGGAUCAAACAUCAGACAUACCGCAGCACGCUGCGCACCGUACCUGGCACACGCUUGUCCUGGUUGGCCGAGCCUGAUGCCCCUAACCACUUCGACUAUGAUGCCAAGAUCGACGAAUACUUCUUUGACCGCCACCCUGGCGUCUUCUCACACAUCCUUAACUACUACAGGACAGGUAAGCUGCACUGCCCGGCAGAUGUCUGCGGGCCCCUCUAUGAGGAAGAACUGGCCUUCUGGGGCAUUGAUGAGACAGACGUGGAGCCAUGCUGCUGGAUGACAUAUCGCCAGCACCGGGAGGCAGAGGAGGCCCUUGAUAGUUUCGGCGGGGGAGGUCUGUUAGACCUGGGGAACGAUGAUGCUGAGCCAGAGCUUGAGCACGCUGAGGAUGAUGUGGAUGAAAUGACACGGAGGCUGGCGCAGGCAGACUCCGCUGACAACAGGAAGAGCCUGUGGAGCCGGUGGCAGAAACAUGUGUGGGCCCUGUUUGAAGACCCCUAUUCUUCUAAAUAUGCAAGGUGGAUAGCUCUGGUCUCACUGUUCUUCAUCCUGGUGUCCAUCACCACCUUCUGUCUGGAGACCCACGAGGCCUUCAACCCCAUCAUCAACCGCACCGAGUUGGAGCUGGUGGACAAUGUGACAGUGGAGCACAUCUACCAGGAGACUGAGACUGCCGCCUACCUCACCUACAUAGAGGGCGUGUGUGUGGUGUGGUUCACCUUUGAAUUUCUCAUGCGAAUAACUUUCUGCCCAAAUAAGUUCGACUUCAUUCGGAACGCCCUCAACAUCAUCGACUUCGUGGCCAUCCUGCCCUUCUACCUGGAAGUGGGUCUCAGUGGCCUCUCCUCCAAGGCAGCUAAGGACGUGCUGGGUUUCCUGAGAGUGGUCCGCUUUGUUCGGAUCCUGCGUAUCUUUAAGCUGACGCGUCACUUUGUAGGACUGCGGGUGCUGGGCCACACACUGAGAGCCAGUACCAACGAGUUCCUCCUCCUUAUCAUCUUCCUCGCUCUGGGUGUCCUCAUAUUUGCCACUAUGAUCUACUACGCCGAACGGAUAGGAGCCAACCCCAACGACCCUCGAGCCAGCGACCACACACACUUCAAAAACAUCCCGAUUGGAUUCUGGUGGGCAGUGGUGACCAUGACGACCCUGGGCUACGGAGACAUGUACCCUCAGACGACUUCGGGAAUGCUGGUCGGAGCCCUGUGUGCCCUGGCGGGCGUGCUCACCAUCGCCAUGCCGGUCCCUGUCAUUGUCAACAACUUUGGAAUGUAUUACUCUCUGGCCAUGGCGAAACAGAAACUACCAAAGAAAAAGAACAGGCAUAUCCCUCGGGCUCCUCAUCCGGGUUCUCCUAACUUCUGUAAGUCCAGCAUCAGCUCCCAACACCAGAGCCCCAUCGCCCAUGACGAGGUUUUUGAGAUUAAGUUCCAAGACUCCAAGCUGAAUGGCGAGGCAGCUAACGCAGCUCUGGCCAACGAGGACUGUCCGCACAUAGACCAGGCAAUAUCUCCAGAGGAAAUCUUCAGCCCCAGCGAGAGAGAACGACCCUGCUUCCUGGUCACCACUGCUGAACGCCCUAACCACACAGGGGGGAGAGUGAGGAGGGGUUAUGAAAAGCCUUGGAGCCUUAACAGCAUGUCUGGCAUGAGCGGGGAUGCCUCUGGAGUGUCCUCAGUGUCCGCCCUGCCCUGCAGCCCACCCUGUCUAAUGCAGCACUCACAUUCUCCCAUCCCAUCCAUUAUGUAGCAUGGUUGAGUAGCAGACACAAUGCCAUUGGAAGGCCAAUCCACACUCCUCCUUCUUCUUAUCCUUCCUGUCAGACUUUGCUUUUACACUUGCCUCUGCUCCUGCUUUCCUCAUUAUUUUUUCUUUCUUUCAUUUUCUUUUUCUGGAAGACUGUAUCCUAACUGUGCUAAGAACUCCCCAAGUGUUCUCCUUGGGUGUGUCAUCAUAUCCUAGAGUAGAAAACAUGGGCACAUGCCACUCUGCAUGGGUCACCUCAGUUGCAGACAAAGCACUGUUGUAACUCUGACCACAGGCUAACGACACUCUCUCCCUGUGUUUCUUUACUUCAUUGCCUGUUGCUCUGUUGCUUUUGAUCUCACUCUUCUGCCAGUAACUUUGAUCUCAUCUGCUUUUUACAACUCUGUGAAAGAAAUUUUCAUAAGAUGUAACCCCUGCUACCAGCCUAACACGCUGGACACUGACAGUGACACGGCGUCUUAACAUAUCCAAAAAGGUGCAACUGCCAGCUGUUAAGGGAAAUCCUCUUAAGUGCUUUGUGUGUUGCGAAGUAGAGAGACGUGACCAUUCUGAGAGUGCGAUCCAGAAAAAAAAAGAGAGAUGUUUCCCCGAGUGGCCGUUUAAGAAACACUUUGACGUGAUGUUCCCGAUGUCCGAUGCAAUAUGGAGAUGAUGACAAUUCCUAUGACACUAGUGACGAAAAAUCAUUUAAUGUCAGAAAAAAAAACAAAAAUCUUAAAACUGUUUGUUCAUUUGCAUGAACUGCAUGAGAAAUUAUAUUCAACCAGAAGCGUAAAGAAGAAAAGGACUCUUUUUUUUGUUUUGUUUUCCUUUUCAUUUGAGAAGCUGCUAAAGCUUUGUCAUGUUAUGCAUUCUGAGACAGCUUUACAAAGAGACUCAGUCAUAGCAGAGAUUUUAUGUAGCUACCAUUCUUUGCCUUUCCCCAAAUUCAUAUCUUUAUUUUACUUACUUGACUGGGGUCUUCAGCUAAAAAGUGAUGAUUUAACUUGCCUGAUUUGUCCUUAAGCCAACUAACGCCGCUAUGAACAGAAGUAGUUUUUAUACAAACAGGUCUACUGACUCGUGGCGACGGGUUUUUAAAGUGUCGCUAACUGGCAGCCAUUCGCAGAACUGCUGCAACGCUUAAAUUAGGGCAGGACUCACUGAUUAUUAAACGCCGGUGCCUUAAUAUGUGUUGAGGCAAAAUCAAAAUUUAAUCAUUGCAUAUAGCUCCCAGUGUAGCAUCAAUACGAGCUGACACCAUGCUCACGGCAGUGUGGCGAAAGCUUUAUUUUACAAGGUGCACCUUGUAACCUUUUGCACCACCCCUCAUAUCCUCACACAGUAGAACUGCCCUGUAGGUUAUACAUGAUUUACUCUAAAUAGUAAGAAUUGACUUUAAGCAGUGUCAUUAAAGAUGAGCAUAAAAAAAAAAUCUAACACGGAUAUUUUUGUCCCUAUCUCAAGAAACAGAAAUGUAUACGAAAGCACAACGUAAAACCCACAGCGGACCAGGUUAUUACAGUAUGUAUGCGUAUUGAUUAUAACUUCACUAAUAUCACUUUUACAUGUACUGAUACUGUCCCAAUAUUAUGCACAAUUCUUCAGGGCACUUUAACAAAUUCUAUGUUGACCGACCUAAAAGACGGAGAAGAGUAUAGCAGUAUAGCGAGUCACGUUUGUUUUUCUCUGAACGAGCAGAGUUUUUCCUUUUCAAGUCAUGUCUCUUGUGGUUAUAAAUGGACGUUUAUAUAUAUUAAAAAAAAAAGAAUAUAGAAAAAAUCAAAGUUGUGAAGAUUUAAUGUGAAGAGGUUAAGGUGAAUUAUAUGCUCAUGCAAUUCAAAUGGGGUAAAAAAAACAAAAAAACAACCAACACGCUCUAGUAUGGGAUGUGGGUCUCCUUGGGGAAAGGUAAAUGCAUGUAUUUUACAUUUAUGCAACGGAAAAGUAUUCAAAGAAAACAUGUAAAUACAAGUCAUUGCAUGAAAUAAAUUUUAUACACAACGAGCGUUUAGCCUCCGUUUUUAUUCAGCAGCACAUGCAAACAUUCAACUGUCCUCCCUCACUAGCUUACGGCUAGUGUUGUCCUCCGCUGUUUGACCCUCUGUCUUACUGUGUCCGGGUCAAAGAGAGCAACAAAGACAAAAAUAAAGUAAAACAAAAACCAAGGUGACUGUGAGAGCAUGACACCAAGUACACAAACGCAUGACACUGACUGAACUACCGUAUAUAAUCCUGUAAAGUGCAGCAUGAUUGGCAUGUUUAUUAACCGACGGUCGGAGUCCAACCUCUGCCCACAGACAGUACAUUGUUGUCUGAUGCCUUGGCUAAAGCAUGGGAAGAACAUGGUAAACAUGUGGUUUACCAUGCAGAACUAACGGAGCACAUUUUCUUUACUCUCCAAGCUAGCGCCAUUUGUCAUCUCUACCUGCACUCCAGCGCUCUCCAUCAUCGCCUUCAUUUCCACCAUUAUACAUAGUUUGUGUAAUAAUUUAUUUUUGUUACUUUUUUUAUAUUU